UUAGCUUCUGCGCGACAGUUGAAAUCCGAAUGACCUUGAGAAUGAAACAAGAUUCCGUCCAGUCUUACUGUUUGGAUAGUUCUCCAAAAAGAUGAGUUAAUGGAAAAAAUGAGUCCACUUAUGGGGUUUUGGGAGAAAUUGCGGAUGAAAUUAGAUCGUGUUUCAUCAACUCAAACAUCAACAUCAGAGAAUCAUGAAACAGAAACCAACACAACUAUACCUAACUGUACGACAACUCAUUCGACAAAUAAUUCCGUUGCAACGCCAGUGACUGUGAAUGUCUAUGAUAUGGUAAGAGAAAUGUAUCUAUUAAUUUCUAUAUUUAUUAUCUCUUUAUCGUUAGUUGUGUGAUUGUAUUACCUAAACGUACAGCUAACUGACUAACUCAUAUCAUUAUUUUGUGUAGCAGACACAAAUGUGAUUGGACAAAAAUUCAGUGUUUAUUUAGUCGUAAAGAAAAUGAUAGAUUGAUGUUUCCAGAAGUCAUAAAAGGAAACAGUUUUUACACAAACAUUUUACUUCAAGAGUUGUGGAUAAAUGAUUACGUCAGUUCUCUUGGUAUUGGAGUUUAUCAUACAGGGGUUGUAGUUCAUGGAACUGAAUAUUCAUAUGGUGGACAUCCAUUAACCAAUUCUGGAGUAUUCUCUAUGUUACCAAGAGAUUCUGCUUAUUUAGGCGAAAAUUAUUCGUACAAAGUGACACUGUCCAUGGGAUAUACAGAUUUCACAGCUUCCGACGUUACUUUAUUACUGGAGAAUAUAACAACAGAUUAUCGUGGUGAUCAAUAUCAUUUAUUAAAUAAAAAUUGUAAUCAUUUCUCUGAUACAUUUGUUCAGUUACUUUGUGGUCGAUCUUUACCUAAAUGGAUAAAUCGAUUAGCUACAAUUGGUUCUAAACUUCCAUUUAUUGAACGUACACUACCAAUUGAAUGGUUGAGACCACAUCAACAGAUUAAUAAUCCUAUAAAUAAAGAAGAAAUAUAUAACAAUAAUAUAGAAUGUAUAGAACAAUCAGAGACUACUUCAUUACAUAAUCUUCGAAGAAUUAAUACUAUUGAACGUUUACAAAAUUGUUUACAUCAUCAUAUUCAUAAACAUAAACAAAAUCAUUCAGAUAUAUAUUCAUUAAUUAAUAAAAAACAAUUAAUUAAUUAUAAUUGGUAUUUAUAUUUAAAACAAUGUAAAACAUUUUAUGAAUCUAAUUCUAAUGAUCUAUACAAUACAAUGAAUAAUCAUUCUAUUAAUAUAAUAAAUAAUAUUCAUUAUUGUAUAGAUCAUCAACCAAUACAUGAAUAUAAUUCAAAUCAAAAGUAUACUGAUCCAUUUACAAAUUAUUCCUAUUUUGAUUAUUCUUUUACAAAUAAAAUAUUAUCUCAUUCUAUUUCAUUACCUUCAAUAUCAUUAAAUUAUUCUAGAUCCUUUUGUAAAUCAUUUAAAUCUAUUAAACGUACUCAAUCAAUUACAUUUGAUAAUUAUAUAAAUUUAGAUAAUAAUAAUAAACAUGUAAAUAUGAUUUAUGAAUAGAAAAUCUUUAUAUUCAGGUAAUUCAUUCAUAGAUUCAUACUGAAUCCGAGUUAUUCUAAUUUAAAUCAUUAAAUUUGUUUGUAUUCAUUGGUAUAAAUGAAUAAUUUAGUUCAAAAUUUAUUAUUAGAAAGGAGGUUUUAUGGAGAUUUUAGUAAUUUUAUAGAGUUGAAAUCAUGAGUUAAUUGAAGUUAGACCAUCACCGUGGAAAACCUGGAAACCGUCGUCAGCUGUUUAAUCCUAUUGUGGAACUUUUGAGCAGUGUGCAUCAGUGGAGUUCAACUCACUAAAGAUAUUGGUGAAUGGUUACUCAAUUUCGUGGAUUGGUUGAAAUUAAAUAUUAACACUGUUGGAUGCUGGCCAGUUCAGUGGUAUAUUGGUCAAGUGCUCUGGCGCGAGACUGGUAAGUCCUGGGUUCAGAUCUCGUGAAGUAAGGUUGUGGAUGCGCACUGCUGAGGAGUUCCACGAUAGAACAAAACGGCCGUCCAGUACUUUCAGAUUUUCCAUGGUGGUCUA